UGGGUGCGCUAUAUAAAAGAAGGUAUCGGACAGAAAUUACAGCCGCGCCCCCCCGCCAAUAAACUUCAGAAGAAGAGGAAGAGGAAGAAGAAGAAUCAUUACACCAGUUCAAAUCGUCAGCGGUGUGUUGUUUACUCCACCAUACCUUUCACCUCUCCUCUCAACCACCGGUAUCGGUGACCCCCCAUAAGCCGGAGGAGAGGGGGUCCAGCGCGGGGCGAGACAGCGAGGACAUGACCAGCAUGGACCCCCAAACGAAGGAUCGCACCGGCCCUGCGGCGGGGGGCCUCAGUGGACGCCUGGCUUCCCUCGGUGUCGACGGAGGCGACUCGGAGUCCGGAGCUGGAUCAGUGGGCUGCUGCAGUGACACGUUCAGCAGUCUGCCCGAGAUGGAGCAAGACACGCUGGAGGAGAAAUUAAGAGGACUGGCGUUCAGAAAACAGACCUCGUAUCGGAAAGCGAUCUCUCGUUCAGGCCUCCAGCACCUCGGCCCACCCCAGCCCUCCCUGCCUCCUGCAUCCAACGGCCCCAAUAAGGAGCUACAGACCUGCAUGGACUGGACGGACAACGCAGUGAAUGGGGAUCACCUGUGGAUGGAGACGAGCUGUUCAGGGGAGCUGUGUUACCUCGGAGAGGACGCCUGCCUGCUGAAGACCGCAAAGUCGGCCCCCAGAAGGAAAUGUGCAGCCUGUAAGAUCGUUGUUCACACCGGCUGCAUAGAUCAACUAGAAAAGAUUAACUUCCGAUGUAAGCCAACCUUCAGAGAGGGAGGCUCCAGAUGUCUCAGAGACCAGAACAUACUGAGACAUCACUGGGUUCACAGACGGCGACAGGAGGGGAAAUGUAGACAGUGUGGAAAGAGUUUUCAACAGAAGUUCUUCCACAGUAAAGAAAUCAUCGCCAUCAGUUGUUCCUGGUGUAAACAGGCUUUCCACAACAAGGUGACGUGUUUCAUGCUGCACCAGAUUGAGGAGCCAUGUUCACUGGGGGCUCACGCUGGAGUCAUAGUACCACCCUCCUGGAUCAUCAAAGUCAGGAAACCACAGAGCUCACUUAAGAACUCCGCCAGGAGAAAAAAGCGGACAUCUUUCAAACGAAGGACGAGCAAGAAGGGACUGGAUGAGUCUAAGUGGCGCCCGUUCAUGUUGAAGCCUCUUCCGUCUCCUCUCAUGAAGCCCAUCUUGGUUUUUGUCAAUCCCAAGAGUGGGGGCAACCAGGGUGCCAAGGUGCUACAGAUGUUCAUGUGGAUCUUGAACCCUCGACAAGUCUUUGACCUGUCGCAGGGCGGGCUGCGAGAGGCGUUGGAGUUGUAUCGGAAAGUGCCAAAUCUGAGGAUCCUUGCCUGCGGAGGGGACGGAACGGUGGGGUGGAUCCUGUCCGCUCUAGACGAGCUGCAGAUGAACCCCCAGCCUCCGGUUGCUGUUCUUCCUCUGGGAACAGGAAAUGACCUUGCCAGGACGCUCAACUGGGGUGGGGGCUACACAGAUGAGCCGGUGUCUAAGGUUUUGUGUCAUGUGGAGGACGGUUCGGUGGUGCAGCUGGACAGAUGGAACCUUCUUGUAGAGAAAAGCGCCGCCCAGCCAGAGGAGGGCACACAGAAGCUGCCUCUGAACGUGUUCAACAACUAUUUCAGUCUGGGCUUUGACGCUCACGUCACCCUGGAGUUCCACGAGUCUAGAGAGGCCAACCCAGAAAAGUUUAACAGUCGAUUCCGCAACAAGAUGUUUUAUGCAGGAACACAUGUGGAGUGUUGUUCAAGAAUGAAAGCUGAAAGGAAAUGUGAAGCAGGGGAAUUAGGAAAAAGAGAUGCAGCGACUGGAAAACCUAAAAAUCAAGCAAAGGAAAUGCAGACACAGGGAAGCAGGAAAUACAGUUUUUUAAAGGCUGCAUUCUCAGAUUUCCUCCAAAGAAGCUCCAGGGAUUUGUCCAAGCAUGUCAGAGUGGUGUGCGAUGGAACAGAUCUAACUCCCAAGAUCCAGGAGCUUAAGUUCCAGUGCAUUGUGUUUCUAAACAUUCCCAGGUACUGUGCAGGCACCAUGCCGUGGGGAAACACAGGCGACCACCGGGACUUUGAACCACAGCGCCAUGAUGACGGCUGCAUCGAGGUCAUCGGCUUCACCAUGGCUUCGCUGGCGGCGCUACAGGUUGGUGGACAUGGAGAGAGACUUCACCAAUGCAGAGAGGUCAUGCUCACCACCUUCAAAACUGUACCUGUUCAGGUGGACGGUGAGCCGUGCCGUCUGGCCCCGUCAACUCUCCGCAUCUCCCUCCGAAAUCAGGCCAACAUGGUCCAGAAGAGCAAGCGACGCACAUCGGUGCCCCUGCUCAACGAUAUUCAGAAGGUGUGUGCGGCUGAUCUGCGCCGCCUCUCUGCUCCCCCCGACUCCUUCUCUGUUCCUCACGCAGUUCCGGAUCGUCUGCGUCUUCGUGUGAACCGGAUCAGCCUCCAGGAGUAUGACAGACUUCAGUACGACAAAGAGCGACUACGAGACAUCUCCAUCCCAGUAGGCAUUGUGGUAGUGAGAGGGGACUGUGACCUGGAGACAUGCAGACUCUACAUCGACAGAUUACAAGAGGAUUUACACCAGGCGCCAUCUACUGGCCACAGGGUGCACUACCAGGAUGAGAGCAGAAGCAUCCCCCGGACCAGUUCAACCAGUAGACUCUCUUCCAACUGGAGCUUCUUGGAUUCCACAUCAGCUGAUCGCUUCUAUCGUAUCGACAAGGCUCAGGAGCACCUCCACUUUGUGACAGAAAUUUGUCAGGAUGAGGUCUUCAUCCUGGACCACGAGGCACCUGUGGUGAGCCAGGGGUCGUCCACGGGGAUGCCUGACCUGGUGGUGGAACCUACUGCUGGUGCUCCACUGACGCCUGAGGAACAAGCUUUGCUGACAGCUGCCAGUUCUGGGGAUCUUUCUAUGCUGUCAGAGUGUGUGCGCCGAGGUGUCAGCUUGUUGGUUAGAGACUCUGGGGGUUGUUCAGCGUUACACAAAGCUGCCCAGAACGGACACACAGACCUAGUCAGCUACAUCCUGCAACAGGGGUCCAAAGUCCUUCUGGAUUUGACAGACAGAGAGAAAGGGGACACUGCCUUGCACAAAGCAGCCUCCGAGAAGCAGCACAUGGUGUGUCGAUUACUGGUGGAGGCCGGGGCGUCGCUCGACAAGACCAACUUCCAGGGGAAGACCCCAGCGGACCAAGCAGAGGGAGACUCGGAGCUUGCCACCUACCUGAGCAGCCAACAACAAUCGUCUGCCACCCAGGAAGACUUGGAGACGGCUGUUUGAGGCGCACACAGUCACACACUCUGUCUCUCUGGACUCGCUCACACCCAUAGUGGAGAAGAAUCUGUGGGAGAAAAGUGUUUAAAAAAUGAACAGAGUCUGGUUUUGACUGCAGAUGGAGAGAUGAGCGAUAAACUGCUCCGGCUCACAGCCGCGCUGCAGCGGACAUUUUAAUGCUCAACUAUUUAUUUGUAUUUAUUUAUUCACAUUCUAUUUAUUGGUUGUGCUGAUUGAUUGAUUGUAGGACUUUUAGUGGUUCGGUAUGCAAGUGCACUUUGAGCAGCUGCCACUUGUACAGCAGAGCUGAACUCACAGGUUUCUCAUCAUGUGAGGGAUUCAUUUUGGUCUUAAAUGAUUUUUAGGAAACCAGGGCUCAGAGGUUUGAUCUGUUAAACCUCUACACUGGUGGAAAAUGUGUUGGUGAAGCACUGCAAUGAAGGAUUCCUGUUGAAAAUAGUGAAAUAUGUCAGGAGCUCUGUGCCAAAGACAUUACACUUACUGUAUGUGAUGUCAAAUCUAGUUAACAGCUCCCUGCAUUGUCUAGCUUUCAGUCUGUCCCCGACGAUGACGUUUAUGAUGCGCUCUUUCAUUCAGCGCCACUGGCGAGCUACGGAUGCAAAGUACACAUCAAAUUAAAAUACCACAAUCGACAGUCUCAGCUUCCUCAGAGGCCAAAACAUCCUGAUGUUAGAAAUCCGGCUGAUUUUUAGCCUCUGACUUGCCUUCAACGAGCUUCAGUCUCUUCUUUCCCUGAUGUCUCGGUGGUCAGUGCCAAACAUGAUACAGGAACACAACCAGUUUGUUUACGUCACAGUGGAAAAAGUCUCUGAACAGGGCUGAUAAUACACUAGAAAUAAUAGUCGAUCAAAAUACACUGAAUACCACAAAUGUACGAAGGACGUAGUUACAUAUAAAGCAAUCUUCACUUCAGUGUUAGAUGAGACAAACUUGUUUUUGUUUAUAUGUAAAACAACCUUCCUUUUAAUAACAGCUUGUUCUGAGUUGUUUCAUUUUCUUUUUUGAUCCCUGACCUGAUGACGUUGCAUAGUAGUACAGUAUACAAAACAAGAACAACAUGUCAUCCUGGACAGGAGAAAGAUAACCCUCUGAGUUACUGCCCAGCAUCUGAUCGGAGCUUAAACCGUUAAUAGCUGAUCAACAGGUAAUUAUAUUGACACCAGAUUGAUGCCUUUUUUAUUUUAAAAAUCCUCCAAACUGAGGUUUCAUCUUCUCAAAUCUGAGUAUUUAUUGGCUUCCUUUGCCGUCUGUCAUUGGAAAGUUGGGGUUUUGGACUGUUGGUA